AUGGACGAAGCAGACCACCCUGGCAAGCGGCCGGCGAAGCGACAGAGGCUGUCUGCACCGGAACCUGGUCCAUAUGUCCUUCGUCCCGUGUUGGAGGAUAUACCCUUGACGACAGAGGACGGGAACGUCCAAGUGUCAAUUACUUGCGUAGAGUAUUGGAAUAACAAUCUAUAUAUUGGCACCUCGGCCGCUGAGAUUCUGCACCUCGUCUCAAUACCUCCAGAGCCUGGAGACGAUAAUGCUUCUCCGACCUACAUCCUAGCCUCCCGACUACAGCCCAGUGGCCAUGCCUCCUCAGUUGACCCUCCCAAUGCUCCUGGCGUCCAUCAGAUCCUCGUCCUGCCCGGCCCGUCGAAAGCAUGCGUUUUAUGCAAUGGCGUCGUCUCAUUCUACUCCUUGCCUGAAUUCAGCCCAGCUUUUCCUAACAGGGAGCCCACUGGCGUCCAGUGGAUCGGUGGCAUCGACGAAAAUGAAGACAAGGACAAUCCGGAGGGGCCGGUGGUCAUGAUUGCGAACGCCAAAAGGAUCAUGUUGGUGAGAGUGGGGGAGAGGCUACGACCUGUCAGAAACAACAUCGAAUACCCAGGAUGUCUUAGAUCCAGCAGGAGGGACACGAUUGCCUGUGUGGCUGACGAUAAUGGGUAUGCCUUGUUGGAAGUAGAACAUCAACAGAAGAUUCCCUUGUUCUCAAUAUCAUCGCUACCUGCAGAAGAGGACCCGGUUUCGGACAUUGAAGGUAGGUCUUCUGCGCGUUCUACCCCUCCUGUAGACGCUGCCAGUCAUGCCAGAAGUACCAGCAUGGGGGAUCUUAUCAGCCCUACGAGGGACACUUCUCAAGAUCGCCGCCAUAGAUUGUCUCAUCUCGGUGUGCCGGAUACGGCUGCAGCAAGUGGCAGCCAAACAACAUUGCCAACCGCUUCCGGAGGUCAAGAUGCGACUGCACGUCCAAGGGCUCGUCCACGGGCAUCAACCGAAGCCCUCCCGACCAGAUCAGCAGCCAACACCGGCAAUAGGCAUGUCAAAAAGCGAUUGACGCCUCAUAUUCUUUCACCUUUUCCGACCGAGUUUAUGCUCACCACAGGUACGAAUGAAUCUGAGCCGGGUGUCGGGCUGUUCGUCAAUCUCGAUGGCGAUGUCGUUCGAGGCACUAUUGAUUUCGAGAGCUAUCCAGAAGAUCUGCUUAUCGACAAUUUCAAUGUUCCGGACUAUGAGGGCGCUCCAUACUCGGAGGAUGAAGGUAAGAUCAUCUGUGCACUUCUACGACAGACCGAGGAUGGUGCCACAGAGAGAAGACUGGAGAUGCAACACGUCGAGAACGCUUCCGAGUUGACCCAUCCUCGCACACUUGUUACACUCCCCACCAGCAAGCUGGACAACCCUCGCGCAGGUCUGCGUCACACGCUCAGCACGCAUCACCAUUUUUUUAAGGUUCCAGCGGAGCUUCUGCAGCUUGUACCGUUGUCUCUUGGUUUCCUGCCUCAUCGAAAAGCCGUUAUCCGUGAAAGCGACCCCAGGACGCAUUCUGCAGUGGAGCAAGUCGAACAGGAGCGCGCGUUGUUUGAUAAUCAAUCUCUGUCCACGCCAGUCGAGCCUUCGCUGGAGCUUGUAAAUAAACGGAUCGGCGAAGAAAGAUCACUUGCCCGUCGCUUCGGGAGAGGUUUCACGAGAAAUGUUGUCUGGCACGGACAGCAGCUUCUGAUGGUUCUGCAAAAUCCACUUAUAUCGCAGCUGGAAUACAGGCUCCAGCAGCAUUUGGUGGACAACAAGGUCGCCGAGAUCAAGCCUGGCCAUAUAUUUGGGUUCUUGGCCGGUAUUCACGGACGUGAACCAAAGGACGAAACUGAAUUCCUCACCCUAAAUUAUGUCAAGCAAAAGGCUAGCUUGAUUUUGUUCCUCCAUCUACAGACACGGGUCUCGGUCUCCUCAGGCUUGGAAGAUCUGCUUCGAGCCGUGGAAAAUACACUGCAUGAUGGAGUUCUGGACCCACGGAUUGUGCUACUUCUAUCACCGCCACUCUCCUCAGAGGUCCUUCACGGACCAGAAGGUAUAUGGCUUCACCAAGGGAUGGCGGAUUUACUGCAUGACUAUCAGCCUCCAAUCUCUGGCUUUGAAGAUGCUCCGAUCGAGUUCUGGAUGACAGUAAGGCACUUUCUCAUGCUCUGGCAAGAAAAACGAGGCUAUGGUAGCAUUACAGAUGACCAUUAUGUCUUCAACUCUGUCGAUGCGGCGCUACUUCACGUCUUGCUGUACCUAGAUCAAGCCCUAUCCGCGGAGAGUCCCGCGCAAAAGUCUGUCAGAGCCAAGCUUCACAACGUUGUUGACCAUUGGAAGGGUGACUUCGAUCGUGCCGCUUCGCUACUGGAACGAUACAAUCGACUUUAUGUUCUAAGUCGCCUGUAUCAGAGCAGAAAGCAGGCGCGCGAAGUGUUGACUACGUGGAGACGGAUCAUUGAUGGCGAGAAGGAUAUGGAUUACAGCUCGAACGUCGGAUAUGUGGAAGGACAAUUGCGUCGCUACCUCACUAUCAUUCGUGAUGUCGACCUCGUACAGGACUAUGCCUUGUGGCUUGCACAACGCAACCCAGAGCUGGCCGUGCAAGUCUUCACAGAUGAUACGGCUCGCGUCAGAUUCAGUCCCCAGGAAGUCGUCAAACUACUCAAAGACCAUGCUCCCGGUGCUGUCCAACAAUAUCUGGAAUAUCUCGUCUUUGGCAAGCAUCUCGACCAAUACGCGGAUGAUCUGAUUGGCUACUACCUCGACUCGGUGGUAACAGUGCUCGAGAAAUCCGAGGCCGCGCGGACGUCGCUCGCAGAGAGCUAUUCAACCUAUCGAGCUCUCGAGUCUCCCAAACCAACUUACCUCGAUUUUAUCCAUCAGAACGCUCCACCUGAGGCGUGGUGGCAAUCCCGAUUGCGUCUCCUUCAACUCCUCGGAAGUGGCGCGUACGCAACUGGCGGUACAACAACGGCGGGCAAAGACCUGACUUAUUCGGUUGACAUGGUUCUUGAACGCCUGGCUCCAUUCUCAACGUACCUCGUGUCUGAGUCUAUCAUCCUCGAUGCUCGCCAAGGUCGCCACAAGGAAGCCCUCCGCCUUCUCACUCACGGGUUAGGCGACUAUGACACAGCCAUGCGAUACUGUUACUUCGGCGGGCCAUCAUCCUCUUCGCCCUACCCCAUCGACCCUUCCACACUCCCUUCUCGUGACGUGCAGACCGAGCUAUUCAAUUUUCUUUUCCACGAAUUCCUGUCCAUCGACGAUGUCGAAGAUCGCCUCGAACGCACAUCCCACCUGUUAGGAAAGUUCGCCAUCUUCUUCGACCCAGUGGUUACCAUCGCAGAAAUCCCUGACGACUGGUCAGUGGAGAUGCUCGGUGAAUUCUUGCUGAGAAGUUUCCGAGCCGCUACUACAGAGAGGAAUCAAGCGCUAGUCAUGAAGGCCUUGAGCGCGGCACAGAAUUUGAUCCGGCAGGUAGAAUUCAUCGAGAUUACGGAGAAGAUUGGUGCGAAGAUUGUGCGAGAGGGGCAAGAUGGGAGAGACGAGGUGGUGGAAUAG